GCGGCCAGUUUAGAAGCCCCAUUAUCCCGCCAGAGACUGGAGUUUUCCUUACGUCAGCUCAACGAGCGCCAGGUCGGGAGCGAGCUCGGACCUACAGCCCAGUUGCGUCAGAGCCGGGCGCGUGCUCGUCCCCGAGCGCGUGCAUCCCGGCCCACCCGCCCGGGGGUCCCCAUAGGGUUGGAAAAUGAUGGUGGAGGUGGAGGCAGAGGUGACCGAGUGUUGAGUGGAACCUGCGGAAUCUGUCGAGAUGAGGUCCGGCGCGGACUCGCCCUUUGGGACCCUCCGCUUCCAGUGGCUUCUGUGGUUUGGCCUCCUGGGCCCAGUCCUCGGUGGGGCGCGGCCAGGCUUGCAACAGACCUUACAUCUCUCCUCUUAUGAAAUUGUAACUCCUUGGAGAUUAACUAGGGAACGGAGAGAAGCCCCUAGGCCCUACUCAAAACAGGUAUCUUAUGUCAUCCAGACUGAAGGAAAACAGCAUAUUGUUCACUUGGAAAGGAACAAAGAUCUUUUGCCCAAAGAUUUCGUAGUUUAUACCUACAACAAGGAGGGGGUUCUGAUUUCUGACUAUCCUGAUGUACAGAAUCAUUGCCAUUAUCGGGGAUAUGUGGAGGGAGUUUAUAAUUCAUCUGUUGCUCUUAGCAACUGUUUCGGACUCAGAGGAUUGCUGCAUUUAGAGAAUACAAGUUAUGGGAUUGAACCACUGCAAAACAGUUCUCAUUUUGAGCACAUCUUUUAUCGCAUGGAUGAUGUCCACAAAGAGCCUCUGAAAUGUGGGGUUUCCAACAAGGAUAUAGAGAAAGAAAUCACAAAGGAUGAAGAGGAAGAGCUUCCUACCAUGACUCAGCUACUUCGAAGAAAAAGAGCUGUCCUGCCGCAGACCCGCUAUGUGGAACUGUUCAUUGUCGUAGACAAGGAAAGGUAUGACAUGAUGGGGAGAAAUCAGACUGCAGUGAGGGAAGAGAUGAUUCGUUUAGCAAACUACUUGGAUAGUAUGUAUAUAAUGUUAAAUAUUCGAAUUGUGCUAGUUGGACUGGAGAUUUGGAUGAAUGGAAACCUAAUCAGCAUAACUGGAGGUGCUGGUGAUGUGUUGGGGAACUUUGUGCAGUGGCGGGAAAAAUUUCUUAUAACACGUCGGAGACAUGACAGUGCGCAGCUAGUUCUGAAGCAGGGUUUUGGUGGGACUGCAGGAAUGGCAUUUGUGGGAACAGUGUGUUCAAGGAGCCACGCAGGCGGGAUUAACGUGUUCGGGCAAAUCACUGUGGAAACGUUUGCAUCCAUUGUUGCUCAUGAGUUGGGUCAUAACCUUGGAAUGAAUCAUGAUGAUGGGAGAGAUUGUUUUUGUGGAGCAAAGAGCUGCAUCAUGAAUUCAGGAGCAUCAGGUUCCAGAAACUUCAGCAGUUGCAGUGCAGAGGACUUUGAGAAGUUAACUUUAAAUAAAGGAGGAAACUGUCUUCUUAAUAUUCCAAAGCCUGAUGAAGCCUAUAGUGCUCCUUUCUGUGGUAAUAAAUUGGUGGACCCUGGGGAAGAGUGUGACUGUGGCACUCCGAAGGAAUGUGAACUGGACCCUUGUUGUGAAGCAAGUACUUGUAAGCUCCAGUCAGGAGUUGAGUGUGCAUAUGGCGACUGUUGUAAGAACUGUUUGUUCCUUCCAGGAGGUACUUUAUGCCGAGGAAAAACCAAUGAAUGUGAUGUUCCAGAAUAUUGCAAUGGUUCUUCUCAGUUCUGUCAGCCAGAUGUUUUUAUUCAGAAUGGCUUUCCUUGCCAGAAUAACAAAGCUUAUUGUUACAAUGGCAUAUGCCAGUAUUAUGAUGCUCAGUGUCAAGUCAUCUUUGGCUCAAAAGCCAAGGCUGCUCCAAGAGAUUGUUUCAUUAACGUGAAUUCAAAAGGUGACAGAUUUGGGAAUUGUGGUUUUUCUGGCAAUGAAUACAAGAAGUGUGCCACUGGGAAUGCUUUAUGUGGAAAGCUUCAAUGUGAGAAUGUACAAGGCACACCAGUAUUUGGAAUAAUGCCUACUUUUAUUCAAACCUCCAUUAGAGAUACCACAUGUUGGGGUGUAGAUUUUCAGCUAGGAUCAGAUGUUCCAGAUCCUGGGAUGGUGAAUGAAGGCACAAAAUGUGAUGCUGGAAAGGUCUGUAGAAACUUCCAAUGUGUAAAUGCUUCUGUUCUGAAUUAUGACUGUGAUGUUCAGAAAAUGUGUCAUGGACAUGGGGUAUGUAAUAGCAAUAAGAACUGUCACUGUGAAAAUGGAUGGGCUCCGCCAAAUUGUGAGACUAAAGGAUAUGGAGGAAGUGUGGACAGUGGACCUACAUACAAUGAAAAGAAUGCUUCAUUGAGGGAUGGACUUCUGGUGUUCUUCUUCUUAAUUGUCCCCCUUAUUGUAUUUGCUGCCUUAAUCUUCAUCAAGAGAAAUCAACUACGGAAAAUCUGCUUCACAAAGAAGAGAUCACAAACAUAUGAAUCAGAUGGUAAAAAUCAAGCAAAUGUUUCCAGACAGCAAGUGAGUGUGCCUCAGCGUGUUGCUCCAGUGUCUCCUCCCAGAGAAGCUCCUAUAUAUGCAAACAGAUUACCAGUACCAACCUAUGCAGCCAGGCAACCUCAGCAGUUCCCAUCAAGGCCGCCUCCACCACAACCGAAAGUUUCAUCUCAGGGAAAUUUAAUUCCUGCUCGCCCUGCUCCUGCACCUCCUUUAUAUAGUUCUGUCACUUGAUUUUUUACCCUUCCUUUUGCUGAUGUCAUCAGGGAACUGAGCUAAUACUAUCUUUGCUUUCCUGAUGUUUUCCUGAAAAGCCUUUCCUCCUGCUGCGAUUAUGAAUGAAAACAAAAUACCACAAAACCAAUUUUACUAAUAUAGAGAAACAGGAACUGAGUUUUGAGAAUUGAGAAAUAUAAUGAAAUGCAGAAAAAGCCAGGGAAUUUAGAAUAAUGUUUCCAUUUCCAUCAUUGAAUAAGCCUUGUUAGGUCAUCUGUGAGGUUAACACACUUAACAUAGAUUAUGUUAUUUUGAACAUGUUAUUGUAAUGAUUCUCCAAUUAAUUGUAUUGGUUUAAGUUUUGUCAUUAUGUGCUUAAAUGUUACUCCAAAUUUUUGACCUUAGUUGUCAUUAUUGUGAUUCUGGUUUGAACCUGUGAUAAUCUGAUGCCUAUGAAAACUGACUAAUUAGCUGCCAAUAAUAUCUAAUAUUUUUCAUCUUGCACAGACUCAUAAUCAUUGCUGUCUUCAGAAGAAUGCACAAAAACCACAAUUAAGAUGUCAUAAGAUUAUUUUAAAGGUAUAAAGUACUCUAAAAGUGCGUGUGUAUUCACACACAGAUAUUACCUUUCAUUUUUAUGAUCUCAACUGUAGACAAUGAAUAUUAGAAAAUUUAAUUUAAUAUUAGAAUUUCUACUAUGAAUCAUGUUAAAGCAUGGCAUCCUUUUACAAUAGCACUAUUAUUUUAAACAAAUUCUGAGAUUUAAGGUACGAAGUGUUUAAUAGAUCUGAUCAGAUAUGCUGUUGAUUCAUGGCAAUAAUAAAGCAGGAACAAUUAUAAUAUCUUUAAUCAGUUGAACUGUUAUAAAACCACUAGGGAAUUUUGUGAGCACUUUAAAAUUAAGUCGAAAAUCUGAAUUUUUCAAGUUUGCUAUUAAUAUCAUUUAGAAUGUUUACAUUUACUAAAGUGUGCUGGAUCAUGUCUCUGUUGUCACUAAUAUUUUCAAAGGAAUUUGGCUGGAGAAAGGAAGGAAGAAAAGAUUUUCUUAGAUAAGUAUAAAAAAGUGUCCAUAUCUGGUAUCUUCCCAGCUGUGUAAAAAAAUGAAUUCUUACGAUGGAAGAAAUGGUAUGGACAGUACAAUUUUAAAUGCUUAAAUUUUUUCAUAACCUUUCAUAAUAAAGUUUAAUAAUAGGUUUAUUAACUGAAUUUCAUUAGUUUUUCAAAAAACAGUUUUGGGGUAUGCGUGUAUAAAUAUAAAUAUAUAUAUACAAAUAUAACAUUUACAUAAAUAAAGUAUUUGAAAUUCUG